AUGGAGGACCCCGAGAAGAAAGUGAAUCAGAAGAGUGAUGGCAAACCCCGGAAAGUACGAUUUAAAAUCUCCUCCUCCUACAGCGGUCGAGUACUGAAGCAGGUCUUUGAGGAUGGGCAGGAAUUAGAGUUACCAAAGGAGGAAUAUCCUCACAGUUUUCUGCAAGAGUCUCUUGAACCAAUGGAUGGUGUUUAUGGGUCUGGGAAAGCCCCCAGGCCCCAGCUGUACUCCCCUAAGCUGACUGCUCAGAGGAUCAGUGUGUUUAGAGAGGGUAAUGGCUACACCUUGGCAGGCGGCCAGCCUCUGUUCAACGAUUACAAGGCGAAUGACCAUAAGCCCCUACCUAUUAUAGAUUUUGGAAAGAUAAUCAUCUACACUAAUAACCUGAAAAUCAUUCGAACCCCAAUGGACAAGAGAGACUUUGUGAGGAAAAUUCUCCAGAAGGAAGAAGAGGCUGAGGAAGCGUCUCUGAUGAACAAAGAAGAAAGCUAUGGAGGCAGGGACCAGCAAGAUAGACCUUUGGUGGAGGCAGAAAGCACAUUCCCCCAUAACCGGUGUACUCAGGAAGGGGAUAUUCCCGAGGACAGCUGUUUUCACUGCCGAGGGUCGGGCAGUGCCACCUGCUCUCUGUGCCACGGCAGCAAGUUCUCGAUGCUGGCCAACAGAUUUAAGGAGUCCUAUCGGGCCCUGAGGUGCCCUGCCUGCAAUGAGAAUGGCCUACAGCCUUGCCAGAUUUGUAAUCAAUAGUCCGUGGCUUUUGCAUGUCUACUGUUAUCUUACCCUCCCUGAAGUUCUUUCUAAUAAACCGCCCCCUUCUCCCCCUGCCUCUCCCAACAAGGAGGCCGCAGUGGCUGCAGUCACUCCCACUGCUGGCAAAACUCAAUUAUCUGGUGACAUUUUGUGAGGCUGGUAACAUCUCUGUGUGGGUCUAAGUGGCAGGGGCAUUUUCAAACUAGAGUCUGCUUUGAAACUGGUUCUAAAAUUACCCUUCCAGGAUGGUGUGAGUGUAUCUCACUUGACUUAGCUCAGUUUUCUCCUUGCUUCAGUGAACAAAUACAUGUACACUUCAGGCAUCAGGUUGGGAGUUAUUUUGCAAAAUUAUGUGGUGAGAAAGGAAUAAAAAAGGGAGGUUUCUGAUAAACUGAAUUCUUGUUGCUUAUAAUGCAUCUCAAAUGAUUAUUGGUCAAAUUGAGUUUCUGAUUAAGUAGAAGAGGAAAGAGACAGCCAAUGCCGAACGCACUAACAGGCCACAGCAAGCAAAAUGGGAUGUUCAUUCUGGAGACAGGCAAGCCAAAAAGCCUUCCCUUUCAAAGUCCUGAACCUCUUCCAUGCGGUGUGCUUGGAUAAUAUUUAUGCAGACAGUGAGCAAUACUAUUUCUUAAGUCAACAGGAGAUAAGACAUUUUUGCGUGCCUCUAACUACUGAGGUUAUAAGCCAAGUCAAAGCUAUUUAUGAUAAAUUUGGUGCUCAAAUAUGUGUGUAUGAUAUAACUUUUUCCAGCCCCUGAAUUACUACCAAAUAAAUAAAUCCACUUUAAGUCUAGAACCUAGCCAUGAUCUCUUCAUAAAGGACUGCAGAUAUUUUAUAGAUUACCUACUGGAAAUCUCUAAAAGAAAAAAAUUAACCAAGGCUGAUUUUUAGCAGUAAUGUUUCUACUAUCCAUGAAUAUGCAUAGUAAGGAUGAUUCUUUCCUCUUGAGGUUGGUUAUAAAAUUAGAACAUACUUUUGUUAAUGAACUUUUAUAGCUCUAACACCCACUCCCCAAGCCCUUAAGAAUCACACUGCAAAAUUUAUCUCUUGAGACCUGCUGCGUUCUGUGAUAAUAAUUUUGAUUUCAUAACUUAAUAAUUUCUCAAGAUUUGUUUGUUAUUCUCUAAUAUUCAGCAUUUAAUAUAAUUUAACAAUGGAAUGCU